AUCUCAUAAAUGUUCUAUUUUUUCUAGAAACUUUAAUCUCAUAAAUCUCAGACAUGUCUGGCUGAACGUGCCGCUCCUCCUCCAUGUUCCCACUACAUGCCGUGUUAUUGACGGCCUGUGCGGCGCGUCCAUCCGGCCCGGUUCGUGUUGGAGGAGGAGAGCUGGAGCUCCUCUCUGUGUCCAUGCGGUAGAAAACAGCCUCAACCUCCCCGGAUCCCUGAGAGGCUUUUUAAGUCGUGGCCCCCAACACCGCACAGCAGGUCCGCCUCCUCCUCCUGUCUCUCCCUCCUCCUCCUCUCCUCUUCCUCCUCUCCUCCUCUCUCCUUCUCUCUCUCUCUCCCUCCGAAUAAAACCGACGCUUUCCGCGAAUGUGCGAGCUGGCUCCUCGCUAGCAGCCAUAAUUGGGAUUAUUCAGGAAUAAUUCGCCUGAUCCUGGCCGCGCUGUUUUCCUCCGCUUUUUUUUUUUUUUUUUUUUACGUUAUUUGAUGAAAUCCUAAAGGUGACGUCGAAGCGCAGCGUCUUCGAGGUUCAGUCCUCGCGUUGUUUUUAAAUAUAUUUAUAUAUAAAUAUACCUCGGCUGGAUUUUUUUUGGGCUUCGCUUUUUCCUCAUAUAUUCCAUCUGUCAUGGAGGCUUUUAUUGUGGACCAGUAAGAUGUAGCCCACCUUCGCUCCGGCAGCUAAACAAAGACUACAUACCGACAAUUCAGGGGCAGAUGCAUCGCUUUUUGUUUUGUUUAUUUUAAUUCUUCUUUUUUUUUUGACCGAAAGAUGGGAAACCGAGGCGUAUCGAGGCUGUUGUCUGGGUGGACUAAUUGUCCUGCUGCCACUAGCCAUUGUGCACACCAAGACGUUUUAUUUAGGGGAUCCGCGAUUUUUUCCCCCUCCCCAGCGAUGGUGGGUGGGUUAUUCUAAGCGUCGAGAUUCUGACAUCAAUUGGAAAUAUAUGAUCAGAGAAAUACAGAUGCCAUCCCAUCGACGUGAUGCAACAUAAAAUCUGUUUUCUCGGAUGAUAUUCAAUUGAACACAUCCCUCCAUCUCCUCCCUCCCUCUCUGCCCCUGUAAAAGGGUGGCGGUGGAUUUUUUAUUAUUAUUAUUACUAUUUUAAACACAUCCCCCUCAUUCUGGAUUGCUCGAUCAGCUGUUGAUUAUUACUAUUGGUUUUCGACAGCGUCUCAUGUUUAUUCCAUGUCGCUCUUUUGGAUGGAUUUAUGCAUAACAGGUGUUGUUGAGCACAUCAAGAGGCAUGAAGCUUUAUUAUGUGUCUUUCUCUCGAUUUGACGAGCAGUGAAACAAAGCGACUGGGAUCUUUUUUGUAUUUUUUUGGUGCGUGCUUUUUAAGAGAAGACAAAAAUACAAUGAGGGAAUGAAAGGCGCUGAAGCCGUGGACAAAGAAGAGAGAUGAUUCUGUCGUGUAGGAAAGAUCCGCUCGGCCUCUCCUUGUAGAGACCAAGGGGAGACGACGACGACGGCGGCGGCAGGAGGAUAAUAGCUGUUUUCUCAAGGGCCCGGAUCAGGCAGGCUCUCUCAGAAGGUGAUAGAAUGUCGAACCAGAGCUUCGCCAUCGAUGGCCCUGGCAGUUUACUGGCUGUGCUGGCUUCCCAGAGCGGACCGGGCAAAGGUGGCAGCAGUAGCAGCAGCAGUGAUGGCAGCAGUGAUGGCAGCAGUGGGGGUCUCUCUGCCACAGAUGUGUCUGCCUACUUUAAGCUGGUCUUCUUGGGGCUGAUCAUCUGUGUCAGCCUCGUGGGCAACCUCUUGGUGUCCAUGCUGGUGCUGCGAGACAGGACACUCCACAAGGCCCCCUACUUCUUUCUCCUGGACCUGUGCCUGGCCGAUGCGGUCCGCUCCGCCGCUUGCUUCCCCUUUGUGCUGGUUUCCGUCCACAACAGCUCGGACUGGCCUUACAGCAAAUUGAGUUGCAAAGUUGUGGCUUUCAUGUCUGUUCUGUUUUGCUUUCACGCUGCCUUCAUGCUGUUUUGUGUGGCUGUCACUCGGUACCUCGCAAUCGCCCACCACCGCUUCUACGCCAAACGUAUGACCAUCUGGACCUGCGCCGCCAUCAUCUGCAUGGUGUGGACCUUGGCCGUCGCCAUGGCGUUCCCUCCCGUCUUCAACGUGGGAACUUACGAGUUCAUCCGUGAUGAAGACCAGUGCAUUUUUGAACACCGUCACCUGAAGAACAACGACACCCUUGGCUUCAUGCUGAUGCUGGCUGUGGUCGUCCUGGCCACUCACGGAUUCUACGCCAAGCUCCUGCUCUUUGAGUACAGGCACCGUAAGAUGAAACCGGUCCAACUGGUGCCGGCUAUCAGCCAGAACUGGACCUUUCACGGUCCCGGAGCGACAGGCCAAGCUGCAGCCAACUGGAUCGCGGGGUUCGGUCGCGGCCCCAUGCCCCCGACUCUGUUGGGCAUCAGGCAGAAUUUACACAAUCAGCACCGGCGGCUGCUUGGGAUGGAGGAGGUCCGGUCAGAGCGCAGGCUGGGCAGGAUGUUCUACACCAUCACCCUGCUUUUCCUCGUCCUCUGGGCGCCAUACAUCGUGGCCUGCUUCUGGAGGGUGUUCGUCCAGUCCUGCACCAUCCCUCACAGGUACCUCUCCAUCACGGUGUGGAUGAGCUUUGCCCAGGCCGGCGUCAACCCCAUCUUCUGUCUCCUGCUCAAUGAGGACCUGAGGAAAGUGCUGCGAGCCCACCUCCCCACCUACUGGAGGACUAAACAACAUCUACCCCAGGAUGAGGCCUACUGCAUCAUGUGAGAGGAAAUUAGGGUCCAGGUUUCAGAUUUAGAGAGAGCAGAGGGGAUUUAGUGCACUUCCUCUUAAGUGUUGGUGUCUGAUUUGUUGUUUUGCACAACAAGAUCAAGGUUUUGCUACCAAAUUCAGGAUUGUUUUGAAGAAUGUCCCGUGAGGUGAAAACGGUCCGAACAGGGGCGCUAGGAAACCCCUGGCAACACUUUUGGCGAUGUGUACUUCUGAUGUAUGAACGAUAGCUUGGAAAGAUCACAACAAUCACCACUCCAAUUAGGUGUGACAGAUGCCAUUUUCAAAAUAACGUUGCCUUAUUUCAGACGGACAAGGCGCAGAGAACCAGUUUGUGUCACAUAAGGCCCUAAACGGAUAAAAACGCCCCUUGAAGAAAUGUGCCGUGGACUGUGAAUAGAAAGUGUUGAUCAGAGUGAUGCUAACUCUGAAACACAUCAAAGAACUCAAAGGGGUCUGAAUGGAGCGACAGACCCCUCUGGACGCCUUUUCAUGUAAUUCAAAGAAGACUGCAGAAUAUUAAGCGGACCCGAUACCCUUGGAUACAUUUAAAUAGCUGUUGUGAACGCAGAAGCCCCCCAAACAUGCUUGAUUUUUUUGGACUUAGGGCGUGUCAGGUUUCUUUGUAUCAUAUAAUGAAAAAAAAAAUUGCCUGUUUUGCUUUAUUUGUAAACAAUACAUGUUAAAGCAGAUGACACUAUUUUGAAAUAUGACUUGAUUUCUUAUUGUAUAGACUGUACAGGAAUGUACAUUCCUGCUUGUGUGUUUUUCUAUAGCAUUUGUGUGUGUGUGUGUGCGUGUGUGUGUGUGUGUGUGUGUGUGUGUGUGUGUGUGUGUGUGUGUGUGUGUGUGUGUGUGUGUGAGGGGAUGUGUGUGUGAGCAAAAAGGGAGAGAAAGGCAGAACGAGAUUGACAGGAGAAAUGUUGAUACAAUAGGUUUCAGUAAUACUGAGUCAAAAUGAAGGCAGCCACACUUUGUUGUCUAAGUCCUGCAAAAUUCAGCUGCCAUCCUAUGGAAAUUUAUCCUUUAAAUGAAUUUCUGCAACUGAAAAUGUGGUUUGAUUUUUUUUUUAUGCUAAUGUGCUAAAAAUGUGAAAUAUCGGGGGAUAAGAUUAAAAAAGGGGCACUUGUAUAUUACAAACAGGGCAUAGGAUUUAAUGACUUGAACGAUGUACGUAUAUUACAUCAGUUUAAAAAAAAUAGCAAAUGUAUAUUUAUUAGCAAAUGAUGGUCUUGGGAAUGUUUUAAAGUACUGUACUGUUACUGUAUGCUUUCACCAGAAUACAACGCAAAAGAAGACGCGCCAUGAAGGAAACUCGAAUGUUACCAGGCCCUCCUAUAUUUCAACAUAAAUGUCAUGAUUUGAGUGUCUGGAUCAUGGUGUGUUUGAAAAAUCAAAGCGAAAUCAGGCUGUUGUGUGGAUCCCGGCUCAGUCUGCACUGAAUUGUUUCUCCAAAUUAAGAUUCAUGUAAUGCAAAUGUCUGACCUUCAGUGCGUUAGGCAUAGAGAUAUUAAUGUGCAGUCGAUCUUUUAAAUGUGGACACUUGCACAGCCUGCUGUUCUAGCAUGCAUUCCACUGCAUUUCAUAGGUUCCAGACCGGGUAUUACAACUUGUACAGAUGUUGAUGCGGAAAAGGCAAAGUGAGGUCCAUAAUUUUUACAUCUGGCACUCUUUUGCGAGAUGAUAUUCUGUAACUGUAAAGUUUAACUGAGGUGGUUCUUUUGGCCCACUCAUCAAUAAAGACUCUACUUUUGA